GAUGGCAUCCUUGCAAGGCCAGCCGGGUUCUUAAAUGAAGACUGCCAUCCUUUGUGGCAUUCUUCGGAAAGGAACUGCCGUGUCUGCGGCCCGAUCUUCCCCUCCAUGCAUCUAGGAAUUGUACAGUAACCACAACAACAACCACAAAAGAUGAGGUCCCCAGGCAACUUGGGGAGGGAGAGAGCCCUUCUACUCACAGUGCUGCUUUCAACAAUGGUGCUAAAUCCAACUUUGGCCAUUAAUGUUUACACGGAUCGAGAGGUGCAUGGCACAGUGGGCUCCAACGCUAAGCUUUCUUGCUCUUUUUGGUCGAAUGAGUGGAUCUCCGAUGAUAUUUCAGUCACUUGGCACUUUCAACCAGAAAGCAGCAGAGACAGCGUAUCGAUAUUCCACUUUGCCAAAGGCCAGGCUUACAUAGACAACGUUGGGAUGUUCAAGGAGCGCAUUGAAUGGACUGGGAACCCACGCUGGAAAGACGGUUCCAUUGUCAUUCAUGACCUGGAGUACACUGACAAUGGCACCUUUACAUGUGAUGUCAAGAACCCACCCGACAUCGUGGGGAAGACAUCUCAGGUCACACUCUACGUCUUUGAAAAUGUACCUACCAGGUAUGGUGUGGUGUUGGGAGCUGUUAUUGGAGGCGUUCUGGCUGUGGUCUUAGUUGUUUUGGUGAUAGCCUAUCUUAUCAGAUAUUGCUGGCUGAGGAGACAAGCAACUCUCCAACGAAGACUCAGUGCAAUGGAGAGGGGGAGACUGAGGCUGGGCAAGGACUCGUCAAAAAGAGGACGCCAGCCUCCUGUUCUGUACGCGAUGCUGGACCACAGCCGCCUCACCAAAUCCGCGAGUGAGAAGAAAUCCAAGGGAGGCCUGGGCGACUCUCGUAAAGAUAAGAAAUAGCGGUUAGCAGGCAGAGAAGGCACCCAAAAAAAGGCGGGCGAUAAAAAGGUCGUCAUGACCAUCGAGAUGGAACUGAAGAGGGACCAACUUGAGGCUGAAGGCCUGAAACCCGCCGUCAAAUCCCCCAGCAAGAACAGUCUAAAAAACGCCCUCAUGAACAUGAUCAAAAGCGAUUCGGAAAAGUGAUUUAAAGGGCGAGGGUGGGAUGUUCCUAGCUCUCCUUGCUUCUGGAGAAGAGAGUCUUGGGAUGUUUUUGCCUUCUUCCAACUGCUGUGGCUUUGUGUCCUGUACUGCUUGUGUAUUAUCUGUAGUACUUAAUUAAUUUUGCUAGUCAAGGCUGAUGAGAUUUUCAAAUAUUCCUUGUCCUUAGUGUUGAGAGAUCUUGGCAUCAUGUCUGUGUGGUGAAGUAACUAUACAGAAUAUUUACACACAUAGUUCCUAGGCAUCUGUGAGCAAGAAUGAGGCAAAGUGACACAGGAACUAUCCAACUCAUAUUCUUCCCCAUAUUAGGACCAUUUUCUUCUCUUAAAUCCAAAAAGAGACAAAUCUUGUCAUACCAUGAUAUCCAUGCUUUGGUCACCAUGGCCUUGCCCUACUGCAAUCCACUUUUUGGGAUGGCUCAGUAUAGGGAUUCACACGAUAACCUUGUUCAGUCACAAUAAAACAAAGAUAUUGAUGUGACAACUAUAUAAACAGCUUUUGUUCUGAAUACUAAGCCUCAUAGUAACAGAGUAUUUCAUUUUAAACCUUCCAUUUUAAGGUGAACUUGCACCUUGAACCAAAGGGGCCCAAACUCCCCUCGGUCCAGAUAUGAUGCCAUGAGGACUUGGUGCCAGCCGUUCUAGCCCUGUUGACAUUAGCCCUAUAAAAACCUAGACCUAAAAAAAAAUCCCUUAAAAAUCCCUGCUCUUAAAUAUGGAAACCCCCCUUCCCAAAAGAUACACAAACCCUUAUGACUGGUGCCUUCUACUGCUGAAACGGUUGUGACAACCCUCUUCCGCUUGGUAACUUGACCACAGGUGUAAUAUUUCAUGAUCUUUUUAAUCCAUAGAUUAAAUAUAUGUAUGCAUGUCCCAGACGCUGAGAAGCCUGGUUUAAUGUCUUUACACCGCUCCUGCCAUAUCCUCUUUGGCUGUUUCUUCCCCACCAAGACUCUGUAACUAUCUACCAUUCUGUGAAAAGAACUAUAGAUUAAUACCUUCUGAUAUGUAUGUAUACACAUACAUACACACACUCAUCCCUCCAUAUUUGCGGCUUUGAUUAUUCACGGA